GCGCUUGUUGCGACAGCCACGCGACGGUGGCUGUAGAUUGGUGGUUGUUGCUGCCUUCGAAGUUGUGGGCAUGGUAAAAUUAUGAUGAAGUUAUGAUGGUUAUCUGAUACAGCCCUACUGAGUUUUUUUGUUUUUACAACAUACGAGCGCGGUGCGUUCAGCAGUGCAGUGCAUAAGUUCGCUGAGCUAAAGCUUCGGCUCUUCCUGGUUUUUCUUCUGCUCGUGUCGUGCGUGAGAGAGCACAGCAACACUGCCAUGUAGCGAUUCAAGAAUGAGCGGUCAGCACACUCACACAGAUGGGACAGACGACUACACUGUGCAGCAGGAGAAUGAGCUAGAGGCUCUCGCGUCUAUAUUUGGAGAUGACUUUCAGGAUCUCCGAAAUAAGGACCCGUGGAAGGUUAAAAGGCCUCCAGAGGUACACCUUUGCCUACGUCCCAAUGGGUUAAAUCACAAACAGGAGUGCUACGUGACAGUGGACCUGCUGGUCAAAUGCCCAGCAACAUACCCAGAUUUGCCUCCAGAGCUGGAGCUUAAAAAUGCCAAAGGUCUCUCAAAUGAAAUCCUCCAAAAUCUUCAGCGUGAAAUCACCAACUUGGCCACUGCCCGAUGUGGCGAGGUGAUGAUUUAUGAACUGGCAGACCACAUCCAGGGCUUUCUGAGUGAACACAACAAACCGCCAUCACGCUCUUUCCAUGAGGAGAUGCUGAAAAACCAACGCAGACAGCAGGAGAAAAAAGCUCUGGAAGAGCAGCAGAAGAUGGACCUACAGCGGAGACAAGAGGAGGAAAUGGAAAAAGAAAUUAUGGCUGUGAUUCAAAAGAGGGAGGAUCAGAAACGAGAGGAAAAGAGAAGAAAAGAAAUGGCCAAACUGGAGCGGUUAGAGUCCAUUGAGCAGACAAAUGCUGCCAAAAGUGUUCUGGGUAGGAGUCCUCCAAGCCCUGUUACAUCUCCAUACGAUCUGUCAGAAAUCAAAAAAGGCAUCGCUAAUCGCUGUCGGACUACCUCAAAUUCACGACACAGGCGCGAUACAGUUGGUGAAGAUAACCAUAGAGCGCAAGAACUCCUAAAUUUUAGCAGCACCACAUUUGGAGAACUUGCUGUUCAUAAAGGCAAAAAUUUGGGUGUGAGUGAGAGGCUUGGCCGCAGUGUUCAUUAUGGGUUUGAAGUGAACUCUGGUGACUUUGUGGUCAUCUAUGAGUGGUCUCUAAGGUGGAGUAAGAAAAUGGGCAAGUUCUUCACUAGUCAGGAGAAAGGAAAGAUUGAAAAUUGUAAAAAGCAGAUCCAUGGAGCAGAAAAUGAGUUGAACUCCCUCCUGCGGCUGGAGCAUCCAAACCUCGUACAUUAUAUGGCUCUGAGCUCCACUGAAAAGGAGGACUGUAUUAUUAUUAACCUUCUUGUGGAACAUGUAUCUGGGACCAGUUUAAACCAACAUUUAAAGACCCAAAUGCCUGUGUCUUUAGACAAACUCUGUCUCUACACCAGCCAGUUGCUGUCUGCUCUGGAUUACCUCCACUGUAACUCCGUUGUCCAUAAGCAGCUGGGGGCGUCCAGUGUGAUUGUAGACUCUGAGGGAAAUGUGCGGCUGACUGAUUAUAGCUUGUCUAAGAGAUUUGCAGACAUCUGCAAAGAAGACAUUUUUGAGCAAUCGCAUGUACGUUUCUCAGAGGCCACUGCCAUGCCCACCAAGACGGGCAAAAAAGGGGAUGUAUGGAACCUGGGUCUAAUGCUGCUCAGUUUGAGUCAGGGAAAAGAAGUGACAGAGUAUCCUGUGACUGUACCCACCAGCCUGCCCGCUGACUUUCAAGACUUCCUUCAAAAGUGCUUGUGUCUGAAUGAUGGUGAAAGGUGGACACCUCAGCAGCUCUUAGAACACUCUUUUCUAAAGCCUCCAUCUCCCAAAUUGUCUCCACACUGUCAGGAUGCAAGCCCUGAAGAUCUUGUGGACUUUGCAUCCACUGUUAUUCCACAGAGCCAUAUUCUGAAUGCUCCUUUUAGCUCAGGUGUGCAGAGGCAGUUUUCACGCUACUUUAAUGAGUUUGAGGAACUCCAGUUACUUGGAAAAGGGGCCUUUGGUGCUGUUAUAAAGGUUCAAAACAAACUGGAUGGCUGCUACUAUGCUGUGAAGCGUAUCCAGGUGAACCCAGCAUGCAAGCAGUUCAGAAGGAUUAAGGGCGAGGUGACCCUACUGUCUCGCCUAAAUCAUGAAAACAUUGUCCGUUACUAUAACGCAUGGAUAGAGAAACACGAGAAACCAUCUGUGGGUGCACUGAGCAACAGUGACAGUUCUGAGCCACAAACGCCUGAAAAGAAUCUUCAGGAAAAGAAGCCCUCAACUAAGAAUGAGCUUGGACUAUUGGACAAUGUAGAGGACAUGGCACCACCUCCUGCCCUGUCCAGUUCCGUUGAGUGGUCUACUUCUAUUGAGAAAUCUUCAAGUGCAAAGUGCAGUGGCCAUCAAUCUAGUGAUGAAGAUGAUGAUGAUGAUGAUGAAGAUGUGUUUGGUGCCUCCUUUUUGCCAUCAGACAGUAGCUCAAGGAGUGACAUCAUCUUUGACAAUGGUGACGAUAGCAUGGAUGAGAUGUCUCAGAUGGAACAAAGCAAGAAGCCUGUGGUUGACACAAUGGAGAGCACAGAGUCAGAGCGUUCUCUCCUCAUAGCACAUUAUUUAUACAUACAGAUGGAAUACUGUGAGAAGAGCACCCUAAGAGACACAAUAGAUCAUGAACUUUAUUUGGACCAAAUUCGGCUCUGGAGGUUGUUCAGGGAAAUACUGGAUGGUUUGGCAUAUAUUCAUGAGCAGGGUAUGAUCCACAGAGACUUGAAGCCUGUCAACAUUUUCCUUGACUCUCAGGACCAUGUGAAAAUCGGGGACUUUGGACUGGCUACUGAUCAUCCAGCUAAUGUGGCAGCUGCGAGUUUCAAAGGGGAUGAGAGCGGUGCAGCAACAAUACCCAAACCUGACCCAACUGGUAACAUGACUGGCAUGGUUGGUACUGCCCUAUAUGUGAGCCCAGAGGUGCAAGGAAACACCAAAGCCACCUACAACCAAAAAGUUGAUCUGUUUAGCCUGGGUAUCAUCCUGUUUGAGAUGUCCUACCGCCCAAUGACCACUGGAGCUGAACGCAUCACUGUCCUGAGCCAGCUGCGUGUGGAGCCCAUCACAUUUCCAGAUGAUUUCAAUCCGAAUAAUCAAGGAACACAGAGAAAAGUGAUAGAGUGGCUGCUAAACCAUGACCCUGCUCUCCGCCCCACUGCCCAAGAGUUGCUAAAAAGUGAACUGCUGCCCCCUCCCCAGAUGGAAGAGUCUGAGCUGCAUGAGGUGCUGCAGCACACUAUGGCCAAUGUCAGUGGAAAAGCCUACCGCACCAUGGUGGGUCAGCUGUUUGCUCAGAACACCACCCCCGUCAUGGAUUACACCUAUGAUAUAGAUCUGCAUAAGGGUAGCUUCAGCUUCACUGGUGUUAAAUUGCAGCAGUAUGUGUAUGAAACCAUCACCCGGAUCUUCAAGAAGCACGGGGCAGUUCGUCUUCAGACUCCCAUGCUCCUACCUCGAAACAGGAAGCUGUACGAAGGUGGUGAGCUGGCUUGCUUCAUGGACCAUAGUGGAAUGCUAGUUACGCUGCCCUUUGACCUACGGAUGGCUUUUGCACGAUUUGUGGCACGCAAUAAUGUCACUCAACUGAAGAGGUACAGCAUUGAAAAAGUGUUUCGCCCCAGAAAGUUGGACCGUGCCCACCCCAGGGAGCUUGUGGAGUGUGCUUUUGACAUAAUCACAACAGUCACAAACAGUGUGCUCCCUGAUGCAGAGACCAUCUACACCAUUUACGAAAUUAUUCAAGAGUUUCCUGCUCUUCAGGAAAGAAACUACAACAUCUACCUGAACCACACAAGCCUAUUGAAAGCCAUCCUGCUCCACAGUGGAAUCCCAGAGGACAAACUGAGCCAGGCCUCCAAUAUACUGUGUGAUGCUAUGUCUGAGAAGCUGACCAAACGGGAGGUAGAGGCUAAAUUCUGCAACUUCUCUCUGUCAACCAACAGUCUGCAAACAUUAUACAAGUUCAUAGAGCAGAAGGGCAGCCUCCAGGACCUGGCCCCACUCUUAGCACUGCUCACCAAACAGAAGACCGCUGUCACACAGCUGGCCAAGCAGGGUCUCAAGGACCUGGAGGAGCUCACUGUGCUGCUGAAUCGACUGGGGGUCAAAUUACCGGUUGUGAUCAACUUGGGAUUGGUGUACAAAGUUCAACAUCACUCCGGGAUCAUUUUCCAGUUUGUUGCCUUCAUUAGAAAGCGGAAAAGAACAGUUCCAGAUAUAGUGGCUGCUGGAGGCCGCUAUGAUCAUUUGAUUGUGGAGUUUCAAAGUCCGGCAUCCACAGCACCAGUCACCUCUGCAGUGGGGGCCAGUGUAGCUCUGGACAAAGUGUGUGCUGCUAUGGCAAGCAUGGAGGAGCCACCCCCAAUAAGCUCAUGUGAUGCUUUGGUGGUUCCAGUUGGUCAUUCGUCUUUGUCCAAAGCCAUCAGUGUUGUCCAAAAACUGUGGAGCAUGGGAGUGUCUUCAGACCUCACCUAUGAUGUCUCACAGUCUCAGGAAACCUUAAUGGAACAAUGCCGACUGGCUGGUAUCACCUGCAUGGCCAUGGUCUCUGACAAGGAAGGCAGCUAUGUAAAGGUGAAAUCAUUUGAGAAGGACAGACAGUCUGAGAAAAGAAUUCCAGAGAAUGACUUGGUGGACCACAUUGUUCAGAAAUGUCGGACCAAAUUCUUUGAAGAGCGAAACAUCAGGGAAAUCUCUGAAGGCAUGUCUCUCCCCAAUCCCAAAGGAUCACUGCUCAACACUACAGGUUUAUCAGAGCAACAUGGCAGUAGCACUACUGUGAAUAUGAAUGUGAAUGUCAUCAGCCCAGAGAAGGUUUCGGCAAGUGCUAGACGACGUUAUGAGACCCAGAUCCAAACCCGAUUACAGAAUCUCGGGAGCAAUUUACAGAACAAGAGCAAUGACAUUGAGGUUCUGGCAGUGGACCUGCAAAAGGAAACUCUGAUCUACUUCCUUUCUCUGGAGUUUGACAGUGAUGAACAGUUCAACAGCAGCGUGAAGACUCUCCUGUCUAGACUCCCCAAACAGCGCUACCUGAAGUCCAUCUGUGAAGAGAUCCACCAACUCAAGAUUAUGAAGAAGGUGGCUGUGGUGGUCCUAUAUAGCUACAAAGAUGACUAUUACAAGAUCCUUCUUUAGAGCUGGGGGAGCUCCACUGGUUGGGAGAAUAACCUGUAGUCAGCGCUUCUGAGACUGGAAGAGACUGGAAGACACACAUUUCAAGCAAGAAGUCUGAAACCACAAGUUUGGACACAUUUCUCAGUGUCAUAGAGUAUGGUAACUGCACACGUAACUUUUUUAUUAGUCUGCAGUACGAAUUGAAGUGAAGGACUUGCCUCAAAGGAAUUGCAAAAUCAAGACAAGGGCUUGUGUAUUUAUGCAAGAUGUUUUAUAUUUGUAAUAAUGAGGAUGGACAGAAGACAGUACAUCUUUUUUUGCUGUGAACUUCAGUGUUUCUAAGAGAAUGUGAGCUUUACAUAAUGGGCUACUAAAGCCUCUAUUCUAGCAAUUACACUGCCUGGCCAAAAAAAAGUUGCCACCAAAAAAAUAAGGUCACAAACAAAUAUUUUGUUGGACUGCCUUUAGCUUUGAUUGCAUUCGCUUUGGCAUUGUUUCAAUAAGCUCCAGCCAGUGUUGCAAUAAUUUUUCACCAAGAUCUUGCAUUGAUGAUGGUAGAGUCUGACCGCUGCACGAAGCCUUCUCCAGCACAUCCCAAAAAUUCUCUAUGGGGUUAAGGUCUGGACUCUGUGGUGGCCAAUCCAUGUGUGAAAAUGAUGUCUCAUGCUCCCUGAACCACUCUUUCACAGUUUGAGCCCGAUGAAUGUCAUCUUGGAAUAUGCCCGUGCCAUCAGGGAAGAAAAAAAUCCAUUGAUGGAAUAACUUGGUCAUUCAGUAUAUUCAGGUUGUCAGCUGACCUCAUUCUUUGAGCACAGACCGUUGCUGAACCUAAAUCUGACCAACAAUAGGAGUAUCUAUGUGCUUAGUUAAAUCCAGGUGGCAACCUUUUUUUUGCCAGGCAGUGUAUGUUUCAAUCACAAUACUACAUUAAGUUAAGUGACAGAUGCUCAAAAACAUCCUCAAAAGUUCCUAAAAAUAAUGUUAGUUGCAAAGACGCAGACAUGGACCAUUGUUAGUCUGAAGGCCUAGGAAGCUUCCUGAGUGUUUAUGGAUCCUUCCGCAGAUCCUUCCUCACCUUGAACGUUUUGAGUGAGCAUUGGGAAAUUGUCAGUUUGCCAAUGUUGCUGUGCACAAGUCUGUUUUUUUUUAACUGGCAUAAAUGAGUGGCUCAUUCAAACCUCAGACAAUGCCUUCUUUACCCCAGCACACAUCUGCCUUUCCAGAAGAGGAGAAAAACCUCUUGUACAUUGGAGACCUGACUUGAAUUUGGAGAGGACAAAUUCUUACUUAGAGCAUAAGGCCCAAUCCAGAUGUGUUUGUGACUAGUAGAAAUCACUUGCAGAUACCACUACAGUGACAUCAUAUAGUAAGAGUUUGCUGUUCAAAGUCUCACCAUUGUGGUCCUUUGGUUCACACAUUUAUUGGU